AGCACGGAUGUUGGGUACACGCCUACUGAUGAUAAGCAACCUCCCUGAUUACUGUCCAAUAAUAAACUUUAAUUUCAACCACUUAGUGGCAAUGCAAACAGAUGUGCUUAAGGAAUAGUAGUAGAAUAUAAAAGAUGACAUGUUAAUUUGGAAUCCUUAACAGUAUGAUUGCUAUAGAGGAAUUUGUAGCACAUUCUGCAAGUGUGAACUGCCUAAAGAUCGGGAGGAAAUCAUCAAGAGUUCUAGUCACUGGAGGAGAAGAUCACAAGGUCAAUCUCUGGGCUAUCGGCAAGCCCAAUGCCAUACUGAGUUUGUCGGGUCAUUCGAGUGGAAUUGAUUCGGUUAGCUUUGAUUCUUCGGAGGUUUUGGUAGCUGCUGGAGCAGCUAGUGGGACCAUUAAGCUUUGGGAUUUAGAGGAGGCUAAGAUCCUUCGCACCCUCACCGGUCACCGAUCAAAUUGCAUAUCGUUGGACUUUCAUCCCUUUGGAGAGUUCUUUGCAUCUGGAUCUCUGGACACAAAUCUAAAAAUAUGGGAUAUCCGAAGAAAAGGGUGUAUACACACUUACAAGGGUCAUACUCGAGGUGUUAAUACUAUCAGAUUUACUCCUGAUGGGCGAUGGGUUGUAUCUGGUGGUGAGGACAACACCGUGAAGCUAUGGGAUUUAACAGCGGGCAAGCUUUUGCACGAGUUCAAAUGUCAUGAAGGUCAAAUCCAGAGCAUUGAUUUCCAUCCUCACGAGUUUUUACUGGCAACAGGAUCGGCUGACAGAACUGUUAAAUUCUGGGAUCUUGAAACUUUUGAGCUAAUUGGUUCAACCGCACCCGAGUCUACAGGAGUGCGCUGCAUGACCUUUAACCCUGAUGGGAGAACCCUGCUUUGUGGCUUGCAUGAGAACUUGAAAGUUUUCUCAUGGGAACCCAUCAGAAGUCAUGAUACUGUUGAUGUGGGUUGGUCCAGGCUAUCAGAUAUGAAUGUUCAUGAAGGGAAGCUUCUAGGAUGUUCUUAUAAUCAGAGUUGUGUAGGAGUAUGGGUCGUAGACAUAUCGCGUAUUGAACCAUAUGCAAUGGGAAGUACUGCUCGGUUAAAUGGUGAUUGUGAACCAAAAUCUAAUUCGGGGGGUUCAACUGUACUGACAGAGGACAACGUAAAGGCCAAUUUGGGUAGGCUUUCCAUUUCACAUAAUUCUGAUUCUGCGAAGGAAACUAGAUCUUUCACGAGGAUCUCUGUCCAGCAGAAUACAGAUCUUAAUAAAGAUUCCAAAUCAGUUAUAUCUGCUGUCAGCACCCCGAGCACUCCUCAAAGGUCAAAUUUUAAUGUUGUUUCAAAAACAACUCAAAACAAUCCAUCAGCAGUUGUCAAUGCCACAAACCCAAAGCGGCAGUCUACAAAGGUCCAAUCAGCAGCGAGUAUAUUAUUCAACAGAUCUGAUGUAAUGCCAGUGGUUGUGCCUAGAAAUAAUACAAGACUAGAGCAAGCUGCAGAAUCAAGAAAAGAUGAUGUUCCUGUAAAAACCGUACCUCCACCUUUGCAGUCCAAAUCUGAUCAUCGAAAAUUUAUCAAUACCAGAGAGGAUAUGGAAGGCCGGAAUAUUUCUUCUCAGUCUGAUAACGAGCUCCCGAAAACCAUGGAUUUAAGUGUCUCAGAUAGGAGUUUUGGUACUUCAGUUAAGAGCUCCAUCAGUGUAGUAGCUGCAGCUGAGAGAAAAAUCAAAGAUGACAAGCCUAUGAUCCCAAGAAAAGUUGAUACAAAUGCAACUACUGACGCAUUUGGCAGACACCAACACGAAAGUUAUGAAUUUCGCGGGAAUAACAUGCAUAUGGAUACAUCUCAUGAAGAAGGUCAAAAAGGAGGUAUAACUACAUUGUCAAGUAGAACACAUUCAAUUGUCUCAACCUGGGAACAGAAACGCAGAAGUCCUUACCGGCAACGUCUUGCUUCAAGCAAUGUUUCUGGGAAAUCAACUGCUAGAAUCUUUUCUUCAACUGAUGAAAACGAGUCAGUCUCUGCUAGUGAUGAAGAUACUAUUGCUGACUUGAUGGAACUGCAUGAUCAAUUUGUUGGCUCAAUGUAUUCUCGUUUAAGCAAACUACAGGUAGUCCUCAACUACUGGCAAAGGCAUGAUAUCAAAGGGGCCCUUGGUGCAAUCAACAAAAUGGGCGAUCAUAGUGUGCUUGCUGACGUGAUGUGCCUUUUGGCAGAAAAAACUGAUAUGGUCACGUUAGAUAUUUGUUCUUGUCUUUUGCCACUCCUAUCAGGACUUAUAGAAAGUGAUAUGGAUAGGCAUCAAGAUAUCGCACUGGAUAUGCUGCUAAAACUUGUGCGAGUAUUUGGCUCUGUAAUAUAUUCUUCAUUAUCUGCGCCAUCAUCUGUCGGUGUAGACAUUGAGGCGGAGCAAAGGCUCGAGCGCUGCAAUCUUUGCUAUACGGAACUUGAGAAAGUAAAACGCUCCCUGCCCCACCUUUCCAGAAAAGGAGGCUCGAUUGCCAAGUCUGCACAUGAGCUGAAUUUAGCACUUCAAGAAGUUUCAUGAGUAACAGUAAUAUACAAGAACUAUAUACACUGGAUCAUGACUAUGUCAUAUUGCUUUUAAGGGACUGCAGAUUAUGGAACUACGCGCUUCAAAGUGGUGGCAGAAACUGUGUAAAUUCAUGCUCAAUGGAAAUACUGACCGAUUCUUUAUCUUUAACUUAAAAAGAAAAAACCUUAGCCGACGGACAACCUGCUUACUUACUGCCAUUCAACAGUUGCUUGGUCGGUGGAUGCGGAUCCGUCUCACUGGUUUUUUACUUAACUCGAAAUAUCGACUUGUUAUUUGUUGAGUGAAGUUGAUGAUUCUGUUUUGGGACGAGAGUCUCAUAGUUUAGUGAGGUUUUGUACAAUCUUGAUUUCGGUCUAAAGUUUUAUGUAGUUGGUUCUAUCUUUUCCGAACAUUGAAAGUGUCGGCAUGUUACGGGAAGAGCUACUACUCUCCAGUAGUUGAAACUUUGAUAGCCUAGGGUGAGUUAAGCCUUUGAUGUAAUGCAAGAGUGUUUGGAGAUGUCAGAAGUUGGCUAUAUUGGCAACAUUUGUUGUACCACCACUUACCACUAAGAAUAUUUUCUUAUCCAUUAUAUACUGCUU